AUCAUUAUGUAGUUGCAAGCCUAAAUAGCCAAUCAUUCUUAAACCGUAACCAAAAAAGAAAAGAGGAAGCCGAUAUUUUAAUUACCGGUUUAGCAAAAUGACAUUUACCAUUUUCUGUCGACUUUGCUCCAUUUGCGCAAAUUGCUGCUAAAAAUUAUUCAUCAGAAAAGCCUCACUCGGGUCCAGUAGUUUUCGACUGCAAAAGUUGCUUUGUAUUACCUGUGAACUGAAGAAUUUAUAUAUAAGCUGCAUUUGCCAUUCAUUCGGAUUGAAGACUGGUUGUAGACAUCAUUGUCAAUAACAUGAUUUUAACCAUUUUCUUGACCUUGCUUACCUUGGUUGUAUCCUACCCAGUGGAUAAUCCAAAUGAUCCGUACGCUGAUUUGAUCCAACCAUAUACUCCUUCUGGUGGUAACGGAACCGAUAAUUCAACUGUUCCUGAUUAUCGUCCUCUUUCCGACUUCGACUACCAAUCUCUUCUUGUUGGUUUGAACCAAGAAUAUAUCGAGUUAGAUCUUUUCAACUACGGACUUGCUAAGUUUUCAGCAGAAGACUUUGAAGAUGCUGGUUUAACAUCUGCUGACCGUGACCUUAUUCACUUUAUGGCAAUUCAGGAAGAGGGACAUGCCCAGUUGAUUUCGAAUAUGUUGGGGGAAUCAUCUCCAACUCGUUGUAACUACACUUAUCCAUUCGAAACCGUUCCUGAAUUUGUGUCCUUCACCCAGCAGUUGACUAGAUACGGUGAAAGUGGUGUCUACGGAUUUUUAAGUCACCUUGAUUCGAGAGCUGCCGCUAGUUUAUUAACUGAGUCGAUCACGACAGAAGCACGUCAACAAUUUGCUUUCCGUCAAUUUCAAGGAUUGAGUGCAAUGCCUUAUGAUUUUAUUGUUGGGAUUUCGCAAUCAUUCCAAUGGACAUUAUUAGCCCCCUAUAUCACCUCAUGUCCCGCUCGUAAUCCAAAAAUUGAAUUUGAAAAUUUCCCAGCUUUGAAAAUUUUAAAUGGUCCCGAUGCCUUAAGCAACUCUACCGGAGCACGUCCUGCUAUUUCCACCGUUAACAAUACCUUGACUAAGCCAGGUAGAAGAGUUGAGUUCGCAUGGGAAGAGCCUGGCUUGCCAGUUGGCUGGAAACCGGUUAAAGAUGCUGUCAAUAUCAAUUACACCAAUGCCGGUGAAUUUAAUGGUAGUACAACCAAACACUUCAAUGGAACUAGUAUUCUUGAUUCUGAUUAUGACGAUGAUGAAGCCGAAAAGCUCUAUAGAACAACCAGUCUUGCUAAAGGUCCUCCUAGAUUUGCUGCAUGGCUUUCCCAAUUGAAUACAACCUAUACCGAGCUCCAUUUAACUUCUAAUAAUACUGGUUGGGCCUUGCAGCCAAACGCUACUGUUUUCCCUAAUACCAAUAACACAAUUGUAAAUGGUACUGCCUUCGUUGCUUUGGUUGAUGAAAAAGUACCAAUUACUGCUUUUAAUGUUUCUAAGCUUAAUGAACACGUUGUGGCUGGUCCUGCAGUAUACCAAGCCGGCUAGAUAAUGCUGAGCAAAGUAUUACUUUACAUUAAUGCUUUAUUAAAAUACAUGAAUUAAAAUUAUGAAUUU